AUGUCUCAGGAGGGUGCAAACGAAACCACAGCUGUUUCAGUGCUCCCAGCGAUGCAACGAAAAUAUAAUCAAAUUAGUAAUAAUGAUGAUAUCGUAUUGUUAGAUGACACUACUGAUUCCGAAGGUUACGAUGACUAUGAUGGCCACUUUGAUAAUCCUACCGAAUCUGCUUCAACUGUUGAGGUUCCAGCUCUGCUGUCCAAAACCGUCGAAGUGAACGAACUUUCAAAUAAUAAAGAUUUUAUUGCCUUCUCGUCUAGUUCGGAGGAUGAGAAUGAGACUAAGGAAAAGGCAUCAGAAAGGAAAUCUUCCAUUACUAGUACAACAUCUAAAACUGCAUCAUCUAAGGCCACCAAAGAAAGCCAAGUAAUAUUAGACUAUCCGUGGAUUGUUAAUCAUGACCAUUCUAAGCAAAAAGAGGUGGCAGACUGGUUAACGUUAGAAAUGAAAGAUUUUGUAUCGUACAUUUCACCAAGCAGUACGGAAAUUGAAGAUCGUAAUAUUACUAUUAGUAGAAUUCGUGACGCGGUGAAGGAACUAUGGCCAGAUGCUGACCUGCACGUAUUUGGAUCCUAUUCUACAGAUUUAUAUUUACCAGGUUCAGAUAUCGAUUGUGUGGUGAACAGUGAGAGAGGUAAUAAAGACAGCAAAAACUGUUUAUACCAGUUAGCGAAGUUUUUGACAACAAAAAAACUUGCUACUGAUGUCGAAGUUGUUUCGAAAGCUAGAGUUCCAAUCAUAAAGUUCGUAGAACCUCAUACUGGCAUCCAUAUUGAUGUUUCUUUUGAAAGGACCAACGGUCUUGAAGCUGCAAAACUUAUAAGAAGUUGGCUAGAUAGUACAGCGGGCUUAAGGGAACUAGUACUGGUCAUAAAACAGUUUUUACAUGCGAGAAGGUUGAAUAACGUUCAUACCGGUGGUUUAGGUGGGUUUAGUAUAAUUUGCCUAGUUUUUACAUUUUUACAUAUGCAUCCAAGAAUAAUAACGAAUGAGAUUGAUCCUAUAGAUAAUCUGGGAGUUCUGCUAAUAGAUUUUUUUGAACUCUACGGGAAAAAUUUUGGAUAUGAUGACGUCGCAAUUAGCGUGCUGAAUGGACACCCUUCAUACAUUCCAAAAUACUCAUGGAGAGAAUUACAACCGAUUAGGAAUUCGUUCGCUCUGGCUAUUCAAGAUCCAGGAGAUGCUACAAAUAAUAUCAGUCGAGGCUCAUUCAAUAUUCGAGAUAUCAAGAAGGCUUUUGCCGGGGCAUUUGAUCUAUUGACAAAUAGAUGUUUUGAUUUAGAUAAAGCCGCUUUCAAAGAAAGAAGUGGUAAGAGCAUUUUAGGCAAUGUAAUAAAAUAUAAGGGUAAGCAAAGAGAUUUCAAAGAUGAGAGAAAUUUGGUGAUCAAUACAGCAAUUGUAGAAAAUGAAGACUAUCAUAAAAAGCGCAGUAGAAUUGUUUACGAAACUAUCACCGAAAGUACAAAUGACAGUAAAGAGGAGGAAGAUGACGAUUAUCAUAUUGAAGAACCUACAACAAAAAACGCAAGGCCUCUAAGAAAAAAAGAAGAAGGGGAAGAAGAACAAAGAAACAAGACAGGCGGAAGAUUCUUCCAAGUAUACGGUCGUGGAUGA